CGUGCAGUCGGUUCUCUCAUCCUUGCCACUCUCUGGUCCAGAUCUGCAUCGCCGGGAGGCCUGUUAUGAGUCGAAAUCAUUGAUCAUGGUGACGAUUCGCUUGCUGAGUGUGGAUGACCUGUUCAAGUUCAACAACGUCAACCUGGACGCCUUCACCGAGACCUUCCGCACCGACUUCUACCUCCACUACCUCACCAACUGGCCCGAGUGCUGCGUCGUCGCAGCCACACCUGACGACACCAUCGCGGGAUACAUCAUCGGCAAGGUCGAGGGCUCAAAUGACAGCUGGCAUGGCCACGUGACGGCGCUGUCCAUCGCGCCCGACUUCCGCAAGACCGGCCUGGCCCAGCGGCUGAUGGCGUACCUGGAGGACGUGUGUGACCGGAUCCACGGGUGCUUCUUCAUGGACCUGUUUGUGCGGCCGAGCAACACUGUGGCGGUGCGGUUCUACCGGAAGCUGGGGUACGUCGUGUGGCGGGUGGUGAGCGGGUAUUACAGCGGGAGUGAGGACGCCUAUGACAUGCGGAGGCCCCUGGCCAGGGACCGGGACGGCAAGAGCAUCGCUGACGCCCAUGACUUCAAGACCAGGGGGAUCAAGGCGUGACUAGCGUACGUGUGUAUGUGUGUCCGAUGGAUGGGUGUGGGUGGUCUGUAUAGCGGUCGGUGCGGAGG